CCGAAGCGGAAGUGCCCGCCCCCUUCCCCCGCGGCUUUUCAUUGGCGGGCCCGCCGCCCGCCCCGCCGGGGUCAAGGAGCGUGGAGGUUUGUACCCGCAGCCCGGACGCUUCCGCCCCAUCAGUCUGCACGUCGGCCCUGCCUCCCAGACCACCUUGCGGGGGGCACCAGUGAUCUGGAGUGUGGGACUCGGCCUCCCUGCGCUCGUGGCUGACGGUGUGACCUUGGGUCUUGGCCAUGAACUCCUCUGGAGGAGGAAGGCAGGAAGCAGCAGGGUCCAGGGGUAGAAGGGCCCCCAGACCCCGGGAACAGGACCGAGACGUGCAGCUGUCCAAGGCUCUGUCCUAUGCCCUGCGCCAUGGGGCCUUGAAGCUGGGGCUUCCCAUGGGAGCUGAUGGCUUCGUGCCCCUGGGCGCCCUCCUGCAGUUGCCCCAGUUCCACGGCUUCUCUGCUGAAGAUGUGCGGCGUGUGGUGGACACCAAUAGGAAGCAGCGGUUCGCCCUGCAGCAGGGGGAUCCCAGCACUGGCCUUCUCAUCCGAGCCAACCAGGGCCAUUCCCUGCAGGUCGGGGUACCUGAGUUGGAGUUGAUGCCCCUGGAGACGCCACAGGCCCUGCCCCCGAUGCUAGUCCAUGGUACAUUCUGGAAGCACUGGCCAUCCAUCCUACUCAAGGGCCUGUCCUGCGGGGGAAGGACACACAUCCACCUGGCCCCAGGACUGCCUGGAGACCCCAGUGUCAUCAGUGGCAUGCGGCCCCAUUGUGAAAUAGCUGUGUUCAUUGAUGGACCCCUGGCUCUGGCAGAUGGAAUAUCCUUCUUCCGCUCUGCCAAUGGGGUGAUUCUGACUCCAGGGAAUACUGAUGGCUUCCUGCUUCCCAAGUACUUCAAGGAGGCCCUGCAGCUACGCCCUACCCGAAAGCCCCUUUCCUUGGCUGGUGAUGAAGAGACAGAGUGUCGGAGUGGCCCCAAGCACUGCUCCAGAGAAAGGAGAAGGAUCCAACAAUAAAAUAUUAAUUUAUAAAAAAGAAAUUUUAAAAAGUAACAAGAAAGAAA